UCAGGCACGCGCACACAGUUCACCCGCACUAGUAUCGUCAGAUAGACACACAAAACGGGGUCAGGCAGCUCUCAUCUCGGGUGCUAAAACGGUUUCCUUUCAUCUGACACGUCUGCUUUCAUUUCCGUUUAAGCGAAAUUUCACUUCGUCCUCUGAAUGGCCGAAUCCUCACGCUCGCUCUUUAUUUAUCCUCGUGUACCGUUUUGUUUCCACUGGUCAUGAAGCUAAACGGCAGCUAGCUUAGCAGCAUCGCUACUCCCCCUUGCUGGAGGAAAAGUGGCCUGACAAAUUCAUCCAUGAAGAAACGCUUCAGGAGCAGCUCUUAGAUGUCUCUAAACCGUUACAAACCAGCCAAGUUUAAGGAGACACAUCGAGGGUGCUUUCGGGGGAAAGACGAGCACGGGUGCUGAGGUAACGUUACACGAGAGGGGAAAAGCAGGAGGGCAGCUGAACUGAAAGAGAACACAGACAUCCGUGUGAUGGCAAACGAGCCGGUUAUUCUGAACGUCUAUGAUAUGUACUGGAUCAAUGAGUUCACCACUUCUCUGGGAAUCGGAGUCUUUCACUCAGGAAUUGAGAUCUAUGGCAGAGAGUUUGCCUAUGGAGGACAUCCUUAUCCUUUUUCAGGUAUAUUUGAGAUAACACCUGGUGAUGCAACUGAACUCGGAGAGACAUUCAAAUUCAAAGAGGCCAUUGUUUUAGGGAGUACAGACUUCACAGAAGAGGAUGUGGAGAGAAUUGUUGAGGAAAUGGGAAAGGAGUAUAAGGGUAACGCCUACCACCUCAUGCACAAGAAUUGCAAUCACUUCUCCUCAGCACUAUCGGAGAUUCUCUGUGGCCGCGAGACCCCACGCUGGGUGAACAGGCUGGCCUACUUUAGCUCUUGCGUGCCCUUCCUGCAGAGCUGUCUACCAAAGGAGUGGUUGACCCCGGCAGCCCUGCAGUCCAGUGUUAGUCAAGAGCUCCAGGGCGAGCUGGAAGAGGCAGAGGAUGCUGCAGCCUCUGCCUCAACGCCUUCGAGCGCCGUGGCACCCGCUCCCAGACCAACCCGACACCAACCACGGCGAUGAACCCCGAUGCCUUGACAUUUCUGUUUAGAGUUGGACCACAGCAUCUGCUGCCAAUAGAAACCAAUUCUCCCUUUCCUGAGAGACUAGCAUUUCACCAGCGGAAUAGCGGAUCUUUAUGAGCCUGAAAACUAUCAACACUUGUUUACUGUUAAACAUGACAUGGGUUCAUCUAUGUUUUGGAUUUUUUGGCCUUUGUUUUAAAAACUCAGGACUUGAAAACAUUCUGAACAAUGUUCUUUUGAUUCACCAAUUUUUUGUAUUUUAACUUCUUGUUUUACGCUGGACCUGCUCGCUAGCCUCCCCCCUACAGAGAGCGUCAGUGAAUAUGAGAUGUUUUUAUCGAUGACGUUUGUUUACAGAUUUCUUGUGUUCCGAUCCAUGUGUGAAUGUGUUGCGUGUGCUGAUUACAAAAGCCAAAUCUCCAUACUUUUGUAAUGACACACAUCCCACACUUUAGUGGCCGUGCCUGAAUAUUUUUACCGUUACGUACGGAGAGCUCUGCACUCUUUCUCUACAGUUCUCUGCCUGUUUUGGUCUGCUUUGAGCUGCAGACGCCAAAUCCUACAAACCUUCCUCAGAUGUUUUACACCUUUUUAGUUUUUAGAGGUCUUUUAUGUAUUUCAAAUGACAUUUGUAUUCCAUUUUAUGAUUAUUAAAAGUAAUUAUACAA